AUGUGGGAAAGAGGUAGAAGAGGAAAGGAAAGAAUGGUGUGGUGGGUUUACUCAGAAAUUGAACGUUACAAAAGGGGAAGAAGUCAAGAACGCACCUUUGUAAUAUCCUUGUGUCGUGGUGUUUUGGUGAGGCAGAAGCCAAAAAAACGCAAAUCACCACCUCACAAGGGUAGUGGGUUCGGGUAUUGA